AUGAGAAAAGGUAGAGAGAAGGAUAAGGUAAGGAAGCAGUCUACUGUUUGUCUUACUUGUUCUUUUAAUAUCUUACCCUUUGUUUUGAAGGCACUUAUUGCUUUGAAGAAGGGAACUCAGCUUCUCAAGUAUAGCCGUAAAGGAAAACCCAAGUUUCGUGCAUUUAGACUUUCCCCGGAUGAAACGACACUAAUAUGGUUAUCACAUGGAGAAGAGAAGAAUCUGAAUUUAAGCUCUGUCUCUCGUAUCAUUCCCGGACAGCGAACUGCCGUUUUUAGAAGAUUUUUGCGUCCAGAAAAAGAGUACUUGUCAUUUUCACUUCUAUAUAAUAACGGUGAAAGAACUCUCGACCUGAUCUGCAAGGACAAAGUUGAGGCAGAAGUGUGGUUAGCGGGGCUCAAGGCAUUGAUUGGAAAGAAUCGUAACAGACGAACCAAGAGUGAUUUAAGUGAUCUACAAGAGGGAUAUUUCUUGCAAAAUGGCCGCCCAUUUGGUGCAGCUCUAGAGUUCAACAAUAGUAUUAACUGUGGUAGGGUGUCCAUAGAUUUUGGAAGCUCAGAUGUGAGGUCAGAACAUGCAAAUAUGCAGUUGAGAACUAGUGGUGGAGAUGGUUUCCGAAUUAGUGUUUCAAGCACUCCUAGCUGUUCAAGUGGUGGAUCUGGAGGUCCAGAUGACAUAGAAUCAUUAGGUGAUGUUUACUUAUGGGGAGAAGUUUGGUCUGACGGAGUUACACCAGAUGCAUCUGUAAGCUCAGUCCCUACAGAAAUUGAUGUGCUAACUCCUAAGCCCUUGGAAUCAAACGUAGUACUUGACGUUCAUCAGAUAGCUUGCGGUGCAAGACAUGUUGCUCUUGUAACAAAGCAAGGUGAAGUUUUCACCUGGGGUGAGGAAUCGGGUGGGAGACUUGGUCAUGGAAUUGAAAAAGACUUCAGCCGCCCCCGAUUAGUUGAGUUCCUGGCAGUAACUAAUGUGGAUUUUGUCGCAGCUGGAGAGUAUCACACAUGUAUUGUAUCGACAGCUGGUGAUUUAUUCACAUGGGGUGAUGGUACUCAUAAUGCUGGACUCCUUGGUCAUGGCACUGAUGUUAGCCAUUGGAUUCCAAAAAGAGUUUCUGGUGCAUUAGAAGGACUACAAGUCUUGUCUAUCGCAUGUGGCACUUGGCAUUCAGCUCUGGCAACUUCUAAUGGGAAGCUAUUUACAUUUGGUGAUGGAACAUUCGGUGUUUUGGGCCAUGGAGAUAGGGAAAGUGUUGCACAUCCAAAAGAAGUUCAAAUGUUGAAUGGACUGAAGACUAUUAAAGUUGCAUGUGGGGUAUGGCAUACAGCAGCUAUUGUCGAGGUUAUAGGCCAGUCAGGUGCUAACGUUUCAUCAAGAAAAUUGUUCACCUGGGGUGAUGGUGAUAAACAGCAGCUAGGUCAUGGAAGUAAGGAAACUUAUCUACUUCCAACCUGCGUCUCUUCACUAAUUGACUACAAUUUCCACCAGCUAGCUUGCGGACAUACUAUUACCGUUGCACUUACUACAUCAGGUCAUGUCUUUACCAUGGGUGGUACUGCAUAUGGUCAACUAGGCAACCCAAGCUCUGAUGGAAAGUUGCCAUGCCUGGUGCAAGAAAGACUGGUAGGUGAAUUUGUUGAAGAAAUUUCUUGUGGGGCAUAUCAUGUUGCUGUGCUGACAUCUAGAAGUGAAGUGUUCACGUGGGGAAGAGGUGCCAACGGAAGACUGGGACAUGGUGACUUAGAAGAUAGAAGUACUCCAACAUUGGUUGAAGCACUGAAGGAUAGGCAUGUAAAAAAUAUAUCAUGUGGUUCGAAUUUCACUUCCUGUAUAUGCAUCCAUAAAUGGGUCUCCAGUGCUGACCAGUCAGUUUGCUCUGGCUGCCGGCUGGCAUUUGGUUUUACUAGAAAGAGGCAUAAUUGUUAUAAUUGCGGGCUGGUGCACUGCCAUGCUUGCAGUUCCAAGAAAGCAUUGAAAGCAGCAUUGGCUCCAACGCCAGGAAAACCUCAUCGCGUUUGUGAUGCUUGCUACGCAAAACUUAAAGCUGCUGAAGCUGGUAAUACUUCAAAUUUGAAUAGAAAAGUUGCUGGCCCCCGCCCCUCAAUAGAUGGCAGGGAAAGAUUAGAUAGGGGAGAGAUAAGGUCUUCUAGGCUUUUGCUCUCUCCCACCACAGAACCGGUCAAAUACCUUGAGAUCAGGGCAGGAAAACCUGGUGCCAGAUAUGAUUCUCCUUCCUUAAUCCGAGCUUCGCAAGUUCCGUCACUUUCACAGCUUAAAGAUAUUGCAUUUCCAAGUUCACUCACUGUUAUUCAAAAUGCUUUUAAACCUGCUACUCCUUCACCAACGCCACCACCUCAGUCCCCUAUCAACUCAAGAUCUAAUUCACCAUACUCAAGGAAACCAAGUCCUCCACGCUCUGCCACACAUACAUUUUCAAGGAGUGUUAUUGAAAGCCUCAGGAAGUCAAAUGAACUUUUGAACCAAGAAGUGGCAAAAUUGCAAAAUCAAAUCAAAAGUUUGAAGCAGAAAUGUGAUUCACAAGACAUGGAGAUUCAGAAACUACGAAAAAAUGCUCGAGAAUCUGCUUUAUAUGCUGUAGAAGAAUCAUCCAAGUCUAAGGAGGCCAAGGAAGUAAUGAAAUCCAUCACAGAUCAGUUGAAGGAAAUAACAGAGAAAUUGCCUCCUGAGGUUUCUGAAAGUGAAACCUUUAGAGCUAUGCAUACUCAAGCUGACGCAUUCUUAAACACUUAUGGAACGUCUGAAGCUUCUUCUUCUCCUCCAGAAUUAUCAGAGUCUUCACAUAUGCAAGAUCAGAGGGUGGAAGAUAAUAUGGACGAUGCAGCUACUGUCCCAUCUAAUGAUAAUGGAAGUUCUACAGAGGCUGUGGAGAUUGCAGCUGCUGUCCCAUCUAAUGAUAGUGGAAGUUCUAUAGAGGCUGCACCUCAACAAAGCUCAGAAAAAGAAUCAAGAUCACCAGAGGCUUCAGCAGUUAGAGGUGGAGGGGAAAAAGAAAUUUCUGAGCAAUAUGAACCUGGAGUCUAUAUCACUUAUGUUCAUCACCAAAAUGGUGGGAAGAUCUUCAGACGAGUUAGAUUCAGCAAAAGAAGGUUUGAUGGGCAACAGGCAGAAGAAUGGUGGAGCAAAAAUAAAGAUAGGGUGCUUAUGAGGUACAGUCCACAUGCAACAAAACCAGCUACAGCUGUAUCAUUCCCUACUCAACCACCACCAGCACCUGCUGAUGAAACCACUGAGGAAGCAUCCCCUUCUCAAAAUUAGUUUCAUAAAAUUUUGUCAUCUGCCAAUGUAGAGUAGAAAAAGAUCAAGUGGCUAUCCUGAUUCGUAAUAGCAGCAUUAUCAUGGAUCAACAAUUAGAGGAUGUAUUUGUUUUUAGAAAAGGUUAGUUAUGGAUAUAUAUUAUAUAUCUUAUUCAGGAAAUUAAGAUACAAGAAUUUUCCAUCAGAUUACCUCAUCAAGGCAAAGAAACAGCUCCAUGCUCUGGAGUUGAUGACUACAAACUCUGAAGACUUGUCUACUUUAGGGGAAGAAAAAGGUGCAUGUAACUCUUCUUAUUCAUUCUUUGUUUCUUAUCUGUUGUUUUCUAAACCUUUCUACUGAAACAUUGU